CCCGCAUGACGUCAUCCCGCGGUGACCCGGAGCUGUCACUGGAAGCUGAGGGAGUCUGGGAAUUGGGAGCCCGGAACUCUGCAUCCGGGGGGAGCUCCAUGGGGCCUGCAGGCUCAGGGCGGGAAGGAAGCGGCGCGGCUGAGUGAGAGAGAGAGCCGGGGACUCCCGGGCAGAGCCAUGGUGUCAUGGAGAGGGGUAUAUUUUGUGCUUGCGUUGUUCCUGGGAAGCUUCUUCGGCAGCAUUUUCAUGCUCGGCCCUUUCCUCCCCUUGAUGCUCGUGUCCCCGAGUUGGUAUCGCUGGAUAACAGACCGGAUUGUGGCCACCUGGCUGACAUUACCCGUGGCUUUACUGGAGUUGGUUUUCGGAGCGAAAGUGGUGAUCACUGGCGAUGGAUUUAUCCCCGGAGAAAGGAGCGUGAUCAUUAUGAACCAUCGCACUCGGCUGGACUGGAUGUUUUUGUGGAAUUGCUUGUUGCGCUACAGCUACCUCAGGCUCGAAAAAAUCUGCCUCAAAUCCAGUCUGAAAGCCGUCCCAGGAUUUGGCUGGGCCAUGCAGGUCGCUGCCUUCAUUUUUAUCCACAGAAAAUGGGAAGACGAUAAGAAUCACUUUGAAGCCAUGCUGGAUUAUUUCUGUGAUAUAAAGGAGCAUCUUCAGCUUCUCAUAUUCCCUGAAGGGACUGACCUGACAGAUAAUACCAAAGCCCGUAGUGAUGAAUUUGCUGAAAAGAAUAAACUACAGAAAUAUGAAUACGUCCUACACCCAAGAACAACAGGAUUUACCUUUAUUGUGGAUCGUCUAAGGGAAGGUAACAACCUGGAUGCCAUCCACGACAUCACUGUGGCCUACCCCCACAACAUUCCUCAGACCGAGAAGCAUAUCCUAAACGGGAACUUCCCCAAGGAAAUCCACUUCCACGUCUGCAGGUACCCGGUCAGUAGCCUGCCCGUCUCCAAAGAGGAGCUGCAGCUAUGGUGCCAGCAGAGGUGGAAGGAGAAGGAGGACCGCCUACGUGCCUUCUACCAAGGAGAGAGAUACUUCGAUGCCACCAGGCGCAGCCGAAUCCCACCUUGCAAGUCCGAGCUCCGCGUCCACCUAAUAAAGAUGGCGUCGCUGCUGUACUGGACGCUGUUCCCGCUGGCUAUGAUUGUACUCUUGUACCUGUACAGCCCAGUGCGGUGGUACUUCCUGGUCACUGUGGUCAUCUUUGUCCUACAGGAGAAGAUAUUCGGUGGACUUGAGCUCAUUGAGUUGGCGUGCCACAGAUACUACACCAGGAGGUAUAAGAGAGGGUGAGCUCUGUGGCCGACCUCACAAGGGCUUUUGCAUGGAAGUUUUUUGAUUUUUAUCCAUUAUUUUCCCAAGGAACAUGUUCGACAUAGGAAUAAACAGACAGAGAAUUAGUAAAUUUCACACCGAUCAAUGAUGAAUAACCGGCCGGCCUUCCUUUACUUCCUUAAAGUGACGCUCUCAUCACAGCAAAACCUUUUUAUUUACUCCUGAAAUCACACGGAAUAUUUAUGUAACUAGAGUAGGGUUGUAGCCAUUUUGGAUUCGCAAAUAUCUCAUUUUGUUUCUGUGCCUGUCUAAUUCAUUCCAGUCUCGCGCUGAGUGUAGGUCUAGCAGUCUCUGGUAUCACCUUUAAACCCUACGGCGCCAACAGAUAAAGAGUAACUGCCAUCGUAUGUGGUCAAUUGCCCCUUUUUUUGUUUUUUCAUUUAAUUUUAUACGCACUGUAACAUAGGGCUGUGCCGUUUCCUGUCAGGUGAUCAGGUUGUUUUUUUAUUUAAGAGGGUGGUUCACCUUUACAUAAGCAACUUUUCAAUUGGUCUUUAUUUUUUUUAUAGUUUUUGAACUAUUUUUGGCUUCUUCUUCUCUUUGCAGCUUUUGAAUGGGGGUCACUGACCCCGGCAGCCAAACCUUAUUGCUCUGUGAGGGUCCAGUUUUAUUGUUAUUGUUACUUUUUAUAACUUCUUUUUCCAUUCAGGCCCUCUCCUAUUCAUAUACCAGCCUCUCAUUCGAACCGCUCCCUGGUUGCUAAGGUAGUUUGGACCCUAGCAACCAGAUAGCUGCUGAAUAAAAAGUGAAAUAACUAAAAAAGUAGAAAUAAUAAAAAAAUGAAGACCAAUUGCAAAUUGUCUCAGAAUAUCACUCUCUACAUCGUAACAAAAGUUUAUUCAAAGGUGAACAACCCCUAUAAGAGGAAAAUGUAAAUUAUAUUUGUUGUCAUCGACUCAUGUCCCACUAAGAGUUUGCUCCAUUGGUGGAAACACCUGUCACCGGCCGGGGUGGCAACUGCCUGUAACCAGCGGUCACGGUGGGAUUUUUGGUUUCGAUUUAACUCUAAGGCAGGUAACUUAAGGGGCGAGAGUCGUUUCCACUGAAGGAGCAAACACUUAGGGGCAAAUUUAAUUAAAAAAGGUGUUUUCAUAUUUUUUUUUGAUGACCAACAUUGCCUACAGUAGGAUUCUGGAAGUCAAGAACAAAUGGGGGGGUCUUGGGUUAGACAUAGCAGUGAGACAGCCGUACUGCAUCUAGCACCUCCCCCGAUAAUGGUGGGUGGAGCCUGAAACAGGCAGUUUGUGUGGGUGUUCUGUGUAUCUAGGUGUGUUGUGCCUUCACUGAUUCUAGGGUAAGUGGGCGGGGCCUGUAACAAGUAGUUCGUAUACGGUGUUCCCGGAAUCUUUGCUUUUCGAGUUUCAUUCGUGAAGCAGAACUUUGCCUUUAAGCGAAUAUGGACAGACCUCUAGCCGACCGCGAAACUUGUGUUAGAAAUUCACAAAAAAACUAUUUCUGUGCGUGGCGUUGGUUUAUUUGCCCUUUAUACUGUCUCUUGGCUACUGAUUAAUUUCUACAGUUUCCUUAUAUAUGAAAAGUAUUAUGAAUUGUGUUGCAAUUAGUUCGGUAACCCAGAGCAACCAAUCAGAAGUGUGCUUUUAUUAUUUAGACUGCGCUAGAUCAAUACAAGCCAGCUGCUGAUUGGCUGUUACUGAUUGGGGCAGUCUUGAUCCCCAUCCUAUGUAUAUUCAUGUGUAGUUAUUGUUUAGAGAAUGUUUUUUUGUUUUUUUUUGCAUAAAAUUUGCAUAUAAUCAUGAGUUGCCGUUGGUGACCAAGUUGACCAAUCAGACACAUUUUUAGCAUAGAGUUAAUCAUGCCAUCUUUGGUUCAAAUACACAGCCAUUAUUCAUAUUGACAUCUUUGCAUUGUAGGAUGCCAGCCAAUCCCUGUCUAGUGGGUGGGCAGACCUGACCUGACUGGGAACUGUAAUACAAUACAUCUUUUCCUGUCUGAGGGAAGAGCUGUGAUUGGUUGCCCACAACCCUCCUGUGCAUCUAGGGAAUGAGUGUCAGGACCCUUCUUCAUCUUCUCCUUCUCCUCCUUCUCAUCCUUCUCCUCCUUCUCAUCCUCCUUCUCCUCCUUCUUCUUCCCAAUAAAAGCUCCCCACUCUGUCCAUCUGGACCAAGUUGUCAUUUUAUUAUAGCUUUUAUUGGCCACCUUAAGAAGAAGAAGGUGGGUUCUGAAACUCAUUCCCUAGAGCAGUGAUCCCCAACCAAGUUGCCAUCUUAUUGCCUUUUUAUGGGGUACCUGUAGGUCUUGCCUGGCUGAUAUAUGUCCAGAAAUUGGCCAGGUAUCUAUCAGCCAGGCAAGCCCUACAGGUACCCCAUAAAAAAAGCAAUAAGAUGACAACUUGGUCCAGAUGGACAGAGUGGGGAGCUUUUAUUGGCCACCUUAAGAAAGAAUAAGAAGAAGGUGUGUCCUGACACUUAUUCCCUAGGAGCAAAGGAGGGUGUGGGUAACCAAUCACAGCUCUUCCCUUAGGCAGUUUGGAAAUCAUGUUGAACGAGGACCACAUUGGCAUGUUGAUAUGGUCCUCAUCUAAUGGGUAUCUGUUGACCCAUGCCCUGAUCCUGUUAUCCUAAGAAGAAGGUGGUGGGUCUUGACACUCACUCCCUAGAAGCACAGGAGGGUGUGGGUAACCAAUCACAGCUCUUCCUUCAGGCAGGUUUGGAAAUCAUGUUGAACGAGGACCACAUUGGCAUGUUGAUAUGGUCCUCAUCUGAUGGAUCUCUGUUGACCCAUGCCCUGAUCCUAUAGGCCUAAUUAGGCCGGACCCAAUGGGCCAAGUCAGACAGGCGACCUCACCAGAUGAGCAAGUCAGGGCCACAUUUAAACCAGGAGCCCAGUAAUAUUUCCCAUGGGCCACUUGAUGAGAGAGAAUGGAAGGUACAGUGAGUCCCUAACCCGUUGCAAGGACAAUCUGAGAAUUUCUCAUAUAAUUCAAUCGCUCAAUUAUGUUGACAAUCAACUCAAAAAUAUUUCCCAGACUUGUAUAAAUGCGAGAAUAAAAUCCACGAUGGGGUAUUUUUGUGCAACGUUCCUGCCCCCCUGGCUUAGGGCGUAGCUUGACCUUCAUCUACUGUGCCCAACUGCUAUGGCACAAGCCGUCCAAUCAGCAAUAAGAAGGCACAUUAAUGAAACCUUCCCGUCCCAACAUGGUCGCCGCCCUGUAGCAGCUGCAGUUCAUGGGCAGAAAGGAAAGUUGUUGCUUUGCGUUCGUUACUUGAUGUUCCUGUUGAGAUAAAGAAGCGCGCUGCUAAAUUGCAAUUGCCGUCUCUUUGAUACAAAUGCUUUUUGUUAUUGCGGGUUGUCAUCGCUCUCUCUGAUGUUCCUGGGCUUCUGCAACUUUGUAGUCAUGAUUUUAAAGGGAUCAAAUAAGUUGGAAGUCUUUGAAAGUGCAUUAUUGGCCUGUACGGUGGGGGGGAGGGGCCCUUCCUGCCUGUAUGUCAUUUGCAUAAUAAAGAUGGAGAACGUCAGCCUGGCAACGAGUCCUCGUCUGAACGUUCUCUCUCAGUAAAACCAUCUUCUCCAGCCUUAUGGGGGAUUAAUGGCCAAGGCAGGGGCCCCCAAAGGGUUUCACCUGAUAGGGAACAAUAUGGACCUAUUUGCUUUCCUAGAUACACGGGAAAGUGGUGCCUGAAGGGCAGUAGGGUGAUAAUGGGGUUGAUGCCCUACAGGUUCUUGGAACCAUGGCUGAACGACUGUUAAGAUUUAGGGGGAUGUUCCACAUGGGUGUAGACAUAGGACUAGGUCUAAGGGCUAAGGUCUAGGUCUAGGACUAAGUUGGGUAUCUGUAUUGGCCCAGACCUUAGUUCUAUUAAUGGUGGCCAUCUCAAGCAUCUAUCCAGGUAGCCACAGGCAGAUCUCUGUGUAGGACUCUGAGGGGAUUCUUAGAGUUAUUGGUGGCACCUUCAGACUUGGGGUCCACAAGGAAACCUUAGAAAGGGAACUGGCCCCACACACAUGUAUAGCCACUCUUUGGCCGGGUCCCCAAAUAAAUAAGAAGAUCUUUGGCCACCAAUGUGGACAUAUUAGAACUUGGUAUAUUGUGUAACUGUUGCUGGAUAUUUUCAGUAUAUACAACUAUGACUUGAAACCUGUAGACCACCAGCUCUUCCCAAACUGUAACUGGUGUCCGACUGGUCCUUCUAGGGCCCCCCCGAGUCCCAGAUACGCAGGGCCCACCCUAAGAGCUGCAUCACUAGGGCCUCCAGGUUGGCAAUAGGUUGGUGGAAAUCACGACCACCGGACAUCAGGGCCCCCCUAAGAGAUUCCUGGCCUGCAAGCUGGUGGGUAUUCCAUCCUAUACAUUAAUUUCCCCUUUAACUGGGGGACUAAUCCACCCCCCAAAAGGGGCAACUGUUAUUAUGUUUUUGUGUGGUAUUUUAGAAAACAUUUCGGCUUAUUAUGUUUUAUAUUAUUUAGUAUUUUCCUUCGACAGCUUUCGAGUGCAGAACUGAAACAGUUACCGGGUUGCUAGACUAGAGUGCCCUAGCAACAGCCAUUUUGGCAAAGAAUGUUCACCAGGGCUCCGUCCAAUCACUGGCCACGGAAACGUCCCUUCAAUAAGUUCCGCUGUGGAAUCGCUACCUCUUUCCUUGUUGUCUUUGCUCGGUGGGGUGGGUAUAAUGGCGGGUAUUUACUGUGUGUCACAUGACUAUUCUUGUCCCACUGGAGACCCAAGGGCCCCCUGGAGGGCCACACCUCCCACUAGGACCGGGGCCCACAGGGAUUUCUCUUGGGGUCCCCUCGGGGACACUCUGAUGCUGUAUUUCUGUCCCCCCAGUGUUUAUUCUAUGCCAGAGCCAAUGGGGGGAACCAUCACCAAAAACUGCAAAUAUUUGUUAUUAUUUAAUAAAUAUCAGUUCUGUUUUA